GUCCAUCCAAAAGUCACUAAAACCCUAUCUCCACCGUCUUCCCCAAAUCCUCACCCUUUCAACCGGAAACCUACCCCUCUUGCCCUCGAAGCUUCACCGGAUGGCGGAUUCCGACGCAGCGGCAUCGCCAGUGGCGGCGGUUGAAGAACCGGUGAAGGGAGCGGAGGCUUUCCAGGACGACGCCGCGGGCACCGUGGAAUCAUCCGAGUCCAGCGAGAUCGUGCCCGCCGCUCUGGAUCACAAGAGGAAGCUGGGAGAUCUGGAGCCCCACGAUGACGAAGAGGCCCCACUCAAGAAGAAGGAGGUCGCCACCGACGGCCCGGCGCCUGACGCCUUUGAGUCGGAGCCAGAGGCGAAGGAGAUCGCUGCCGUCGCCGGAGAUGCUGAGCUGCUCCGCCUGGAGGGAGAGAUCGACGGCUCAGGAAUGCUAACGAUCGAGAUUCCUGCUACAGUGCCUGAAGAGGUGAAAUCGGAUGACAUGCGGGACCCUGAACCAAAGCCAGAAAAGAUUGAUGCCGAGAAACUGCGCCCGGAUGAAGGAACUAAUGGAUUGGCUGCUGAUGGAGGCCAUGAAGUGCAGAAAUCAGAGGCUUCAUCAAUGAAUGGUCAACUUUCUUCAGCUCAAAAUGUUCAGCAGGUCCCUGCAGAGAAUCUUGAGCACCCUACUUCUGAGGUUUCACAGCAGGGUAGUCUUCCCUCAGCAGGACAACCGCAUUCUGUUGAGCUGACUACUACGUCUCGUAUGAUUCAAGUUCCUAACAGCAAGGUUGGUGUUCUUAUUGGUAAAGCUGGGGAUACAAUCAGGUACUUGCAAAUUAAUUCAGGGGCUAAAAUUCAAAUCACAAGAGAUGCUGAUGCUGAUCCGCGCUCCUCUAGUCGGCCUGUGGAACUGAUUGGAUCUCUUGAAAAUAUCAACAAGGCAGACCAACUAAUUAAGGAUGUCAUAGCAGAGGCUGAUGCAGGGGGUUCCCCAUCACUUGUAGCUAGGGGUUUUAGUACUGUACAUUCUGGCAGUGAACAAACUGAAAUAAAAGUUCCAAAUGAAAAGGUGGGGUUGAUCAUAGGGAAGGGUGGUGAGACAAUUAAGAACCUACAGACCAGAUCUGGUGCUCGCAUUCAGUUGAUCCCGCAACAUCUACCUGAAGGUGAUUCAUCCAAGGAAAGGACCGUGCGUAUAACUGGAAACAAAAAGCUAAUUGAAUCUGCCAAAGAAAUGAUCAAGGAAGUUAUGAAUCAGGCUCCUACAAGGCCUUCACCUCUCUCGCAAGAUGUUCGUCCCCAUGGGCCUACAACAGCACACCAGUGGGGCCGUCAAGCAACAGUAUCUGCACGACCAACCAUGGGCUAUGAUUACCAACAAAGAGGUACAUAUCCACCACCUCAGACAACACAAUAUCCUCAACCAUAUGGCGGCUACUCACAGCAGCCCCCUUCGAGAGGUGGCUAUAGUGCAGGCUGGGAUCAGAGGCCAGCAGCUCCCGCUCAGAGCACACAUCCUAGUGGUGGCUAUGACUACUAUGGUCAACGUGGCCAGGCAACUGAAAACCUACCAUCUAACCCAAUUCCUAACCCUUCUCUGACAUCAACCCCAGUUCCCGUGAACUAUAACUAUGGUCAGUCUCAAGCUUCAGCUUAUGGACAACCAACACCGUAUGCACAGUCUGCCCCUCCACAGCAGAACUAUGGCCAUGGCUAUAACGAGCCAAAGUAUGAUAACCAAGCACCUAGCCAGCAGUUUUAUGGGCAACAGCCACUGAACUCACAACCAGGUGUCUAUGGACAACAAGCAAGCGUACCACAGCCAGGCUAUGGUCAACAACAGACUUACGGCAAGCCCUCUUAUGGUGCUGCACCACCGCAAGAAAUGACUCCUUCUUAUGGGCCACCCAGAGCAAGUCAGCCAGGUGAUCCGAUGUAUCAGGGUCCUGCUCCAUCCUAUGGGUCAAGUGCAUCCGCCCAACCAUAUCCAUAUGGUUCAAGUGUACCUCCUCAGCAGGCAGCACCUGGUUAUAAUCAGAGUUAUGGAGGACCUACAUCAGGUGCUGUGGAUGGGUAUGCACAACUGCCAUCAGCUGGUUAUCCUCAGCACGGUGGUCCAGCUGCUCCUGGCUAUGGUGGACAGCCAGCGCCUGCUUACGCUCAACCAAGCUCCCAAUCUGGUGGGUACGGCCAGUACCCAUCAUCCCAACAAGGCUAUGGUGAACCGAUCUCCAGCAAUGUGAAUUAUGGGUAUCAUAGUGGGCCGGCUGAUGCAGGUCAUGGCAAUACCGUCCCAACUUCAGGAUAUGGUGCAUCACUGCCAGCAAGCGGUCAGCCAGGGUAUGCUCAGGCACCGCCAACCCCAUUGGGCUACUAUGAACAGUCUGCUCCCCCGCAGUCUGGUUUUGGUGGUCAUCCGGGCACCGCCCCAGUUGGUUAUGCGAAGAGUGUCUCUCCACAGCCUGGCUAUGGAGGCCAGUAAGAUUCUGCUCGAAUGCAUGCUCAUCAUUGAUGCCAUUACUUUUACCGUUUUGAGAGCUUUAGAUAUAAUUUUCUUAGGACAUGGAAGGUUAUGUCAUGCUAGAUUUUCAUUUGAGGUAAUUACAUUUCAGAAUUUGGGCUCUGCAACCAAAUCUGUCAGACUGUUGUUUGACACAUGAGGUGCUUAUAAAUGGAUUAGUUUAGUUACAUAAUUUUAAUCCUUAA